AUGCCAACCAACGCCAGCGUCGACCGGGCCCUGGCAGCCAUCGCUAAAGAUGAAUCGAAGAAACUCGGCGUGAUAGUGAAUGGGAAAUCGAUUACGACAGGGCAAUACAUUCCACGAGCAGAAGCCCAAACCGCACCCCAAAUCUCCCUCCCCACCGCCUCCCCCUCACAAAAAUACCUCCUCAUAGCCCUCGACCUCGACGCCCCCUUCCAAUCCUGGCGCGGCCUCGGCCCCAUCCUCCACUGCAUCCAGCCGGGCCUCACACUCUCCCCCAACAACAACGAACUCACAACAACCGACCCCUUCAUAGCGAACUACAUCGGCCCCGCCCCACCGCCCGGCAGCGGCCCGCAUCGGUAUAGCUUCUAUCUCUUCAAACAGCCGGAGAACUUCGACGGGAAGAAAUACGCACCGCCGGAUGGGAAGAAUUUGGGGAAUAUGUCGCGGAUGAGGUUUGAUCUCGAUGCGUGGAUGAGUAAAGCCGGGUUAGAAGACGCCAUUGCGGCGAAUUAUUUCACGAGUAGUUAA